GUCAGUAUGUUUUGCUUCCAAUGCAGUUCAGGCCAAAACAUCUUAGGACCAAAAUUUUUUCUCUCUGUGUAACUCCCCUUAGACAGAUACUCUGAUUCACAGCCUGUGAUGAACACUUAAAACGCUGCCAUCUGAAAACAGCUGUUUUAGUUGUCAGCUGUGCUCUUCAGUGUCUCGUUUGGGUUGUAGUCUUUACUUGGAUGUGUUAUAAAAUGAAGCAGGAUGAUUUUUAGGUAAUUAUUUCCCAUUUAGGGGUUACACUGAGGGCGAUGUUUUCUAAAGCAUUCAUCAGAUCUUUUGUCAAAGACAGCCAGACUUUACAUGGAACACAGCACUUGGUCUGUUGAACUAUUAAGAAGUUUCAUGUUUUAAUGUCCAAAGAAAAUCAGGCCCUAACAGUGAAUGUGACAUUUCUUUGAAAACACAACUAUGUGGUAUCUAUGGUAUCUUUUUUUGCACCAUUUAGUACUUGCAAUGCAUAACUGAAUUUUAUACUUUUUAGCUGCAUUUAAUGCUGUUCAUACUGUGAUGCUUUACUGCAUGUCCAAGUUGCAGUUUUAUUUAUUUAAAACCUCUCCUCUGUUCUACAGAAUAAGGUUGGCAAUGAGAAUGUGGAGACUGAGCAAGUAUAGUGGUGCCUGCCUUAUUAGGCUGUGUGUUCUUUUGCCAAAAAUCCAGGAAUAUCUGCAGACUACUAGCGGUGGAAGUGUUGAGAUCUUCGGUGGCUUUAACUGACCCUCAGGAGGCAAAGCUGACUCAGUCUCCAGAGAAAGCACUAAACUCACUGGACAUUAGGAAAACUGUAUUUGCAGCUUUUCCUGGGCCUAUUUCAAAGACCUCCCUGGACUGAUAACUCAAAGAUGGGAGAUCAGGAUGGAGGUGAACCCUUUCUAGGGAUAGUGGCUGGGGGUGCCACAGACUAUGAAGGAGUUUUGCCCACAGACACGGUGUCACUCAGUGAUUCUGAUUCUGAUGAUCUGGGGUUAACGGAUGAAGCAGAAGUUGAUACGAUAUCUCCUGAGGAGCCAUCUGUAGACGAUGGGGAUUACAGAUCAGGGAAGACCCCUGACACUUCAAACAGCAGUCACAGAUCUCCUGUCCAGCCAUUCCAUCUGAGGGGCAUGAGUUCUACGUUCUCUCUCCGUAGCCAGAGCAUUUUUGAUUGCCUGGAGGAGGCAGCCAAGUUGUCUGUGCCCUCAAUGCCUGAAGAUAAUGUUGUUGAUGGGAGGUUUAAGCGUCCAUUGCCUCCAACCACAGUUUCAAGUAACAUGGUUCCAGAAAACCUGGGAAAGCAAGCCAAACCAGUGCUGGCUCCCAAAACCUCUCCUGCAGUACCUGACUAUGUGGCACACCCAGAGCGCUGGACCAAAUACAGCCUAGAAGGAGUUUCAGAGUCUACUGACAAGACUAACAGGGCAGUGGCCAUGGAGUUUCUAGAGGGUUUGAAGAAAAGAGGGGAGGAACAAAGCUCAGCUGCCCAAGAUAGCUACAUCCCAUAUUUCAACCAGGACCCUUCCAGCUGUGGAGCCGGGAGGAUUGUAUUCACCAAACCAAUAAAAAGGGGUGUUGAUGGACUGGAAAAGAAAACAUCAUCAGGAGAGGAUGAUAAGAAACAUACGAAAACAGAUCUGAAAGCAAAAUCUCUUAAGAAGAGAGAUGACUUGAGGGAGGACGAUAAGGUAGAGCUGGGUCAUUUAGGUAGUGGAAGUGGAAAGGCAGCAGAGGAGGAGGAGGAGUGCAUGAUGGUGAGGGACUUGAAUACAGAAGGUAAGCUUAGUUCGAGUUUUAGUGGUACAGGUGAAGAGCCAUUGGUGGAAACAGUUGGAUUCCAUAGCAGUAAGAAGAAGAACAGGAAAAAUUUCCGACCUAAAGUAGAUGAUGAAGGGGAGGAGGAAGAAUCCUGAAGGAUGGAUCACAUUGGAGACAGCCAAGGACCUGUAUUGUCUGUGGAGGUGUUUAAGUUUUUUUUCUCUGACGUUUUUUUUCUGGUCUGGAAACUACAAGAUACCUUUUUGUCUAUCAGUUUGCAUCACAGCAACCAAGAACAUUUUAUAUUGCUAGAAAUUAAGCUGCCUAAAAUACAGUCCAGACUUUUUGUUUGUGAGAAGUCUGUGGGCACAGGAUAGUUGCAUCUUAGAAUAAAGCAUGCUUUGUUUAUUUGAGCAGCUCCCUGGGGCUUGCUCUGGAGCUGAAGUAGCCCUGAGCACUAAAUAAAAAGGUAUGUUAGCUAAAAGGCUGCAAGACUUCUUAAUAACCUCCAAAUUUAGAGCUGUUCCCAAAUCAUGUAGAAUCCUGGAACAAAGAUCAUGAGCUCAUUAUGCAGAGAUUUUUAAACAAGGAAAAUAAAACCAUAAAACCUA